CACACUGCGGUGCAAGACGGGCUCGGGUUCGGUGCGCUCAAAUGUGUUGGUUUAUGAAGACUGGGUCGAUGAACCGCUGCGUAAAGUGUGCUUCUCUGAGCGCUCGACAGCUCAGAACCCGAAAAACCCCAUAGAACAGCGAAACAGUUCACCGACAGACGCAACCAAACCCGUUGGCUCUCGAUGAGGGUGGAGAGGGCAGGGCUGACGAUACUGAUUGGUUUUCGAUUUUAACGAAGAGCCGCCUUAUUUCACUCAGAACCGACUCAGCUUUUUCCCAGGAGAGAAAAGCAAGUUUGUGUGCGAGAACGCUGUCACCAGUGGUGGGGGGACUGACUGGGUGGACACUGGUGCACGGAGGGGGUGGUGUUUGUUUGGUAGGGGGGUAACAAUCUGCGCGAACCUGGCCCUUUAAAUUACCUCCACAAUCACUGUAGACGAGACCAGCAAAGUUGCCUGCAGGUCCCUGAGCCAGCUUUAGUCUCCAGCCUCUCCAUCAUCCAGAAUUUUCUUUUAUUUGGCACAAUAACCAAUGGCAGAGAAUGUCGACGACUAAUAACAUAGCCCAGGCCAGGAAGUUGGUGGAGCAGCUGAGGAUCGAGGCAGGCUUCGAACGUAUUAAGGUGUCUAAGGCCGCUGCAGACCUCAUGAGUUACUGUGAGCAGCAUGCCCGCAGUGACCCUCUUCUGGUGGGGGUUCCCACCUCAGAGAAUCCUUUCAAAGACAAGAAGCCUUGCAUCAUUCUAUAGCUACUUUGUCUAGGCCAGCUAUCCCAAUCCCUUUUUAACCACUGCCCAUCCCCAGUGAAUGGGCAAUUCAGUCCAACACUUCUUUUACCUGGGAUCCACAGUAUUCUCCAGAAAAUAAACACCACACUCUCUCGGUAGAAACAAAAAGGGGCAAUAUCUGAAUACCUAGAGUCACAGCCUGGCAUUGAGUGAAUCUAUAUGAAUGAAUCUGCACAGCACACCUGUCUAAAUUCAUGCAUAUAGAUGUACUUAACAGGAGGUGGCAGAUUUCGAAUUUGUAAACUAUUUAAAAAGAUUACACAGAGACUGAGAGAUACUCCAGCAUGUUUUUCAGUACAGCGGCUGACCUUGUUACCAUAGGUGAUGGUGGAGAGUAGAGGAAGCUGGUCAUGAUUAUGCUGACUGACUAGCUGGCUAGCCCAGUCACACUGUGGUAAAUGCUUGUUCAGUAUUAACCCGAAUCUGCAAGCUAAAGGUUAAUUCUUGAUUUAGAUUUAUUAUCAAAACAGCACAUUUCAUGUUUUACAAAGGGAUUCAAGACAUUAACCAGAGUUGCCAAUAUUUUUGUGAGUUUGUGAGCUGUUUUCUUUUUCUUUUCAUCACUAAAAACUCAUUAGGCUUAAUUCUUAGUUUUUUUUCAUAGUGUUUAUACUAUAUUUCAGAAUCCUAAAACACUAAGUUAUAAAGGAAUAAUUUUAUAUAAUGCAGAAAAUAUAUUUACCUAAUGAUAUCCUUCCCAGUGCCAUCCUAAAGUGCAGUUCAGUAGAAAAAAAUGAGCCCUGUUAUUUGAAAUAUUAAUUUGAAAUGAGUAAACAACAUUUGUGGUAUUUGGUAUCAAAUAUAUCAAACCAUAAUGAAUAUUUAAUGAAUUAUUUGGACAUGCCUUAUAAAAUUGAGUCAUUUUGAAGUCGGAGCCCCUAAUAAGACCAAUUUUAUCUUUUUUCCUCUAAAACCAAACUUGAUUGUAAAAUCCACACAGAAGGAAAAAAAUGUAUAAACUUUCUUUUGGAUAUGUUCAGAGGUGUUAACUUUGAGAAUAGCUGUUUGGAUUUGUUUGUUCCAAUUUCUUCUUUCUAUGGAAACAUAGAAUCUGGUCAUUGAGUAUGAUACUGUACAGUGUCUGAUAACUAAAGCGCAUUCUUUCUUUUUUUUGUGUGGAUGUUUUAUCUUUUUGUAAUCUUUGUGUAAUAUUUCCGUUUCUUUCAUCAUUCAUAUUAAACCAUUCAGUUUGUCCUAUUUAAGGCAAGGCAAAAGAUGUGAGCGAAGGCAUCGAUGGACCGCUCCAGUGCUUGUACAUGUGAUAGUAAACAGGCAAUGUCGAAUGGAUUGUUGAUACAAUGCCCACGCAAAGUGCUUAAAGGCGUUGUUCAAGGCAUGUUUCAUGAGGUGGUUUGUGUUGUUAACAGUGCAACAGGCCAUCAGGUUUGGCUCAGCCUGAGCAGUCACAUUCAAAAGAUGAGGUGCAAGGUCAACCCACAACUCUGAAUGUCUAAUGUGCACCCAGCACAUGAUGCACAAUCUUUAGGAAUGACAGUUUUUUGUGUGUGAUGAUCCCCAAAUAGUCACACACAGUAUUCAGCUUAGAGCUAAAACAGAAUUCCCCCAUUGUCCUGCUUCAAAUGCUGGAAAAUAACAACAAAGUGCAGGAAAUAGGGUCUCGGAGUGGGACAGAGGGGCUUGUGCUCCUCGCGGCUAAUGGGAUGCUGUCAUCAGCUCCUGCAUUAAGAAUGACUAAGGCUUGUGGAGGUCACGAGUGCUGUGACUCAUCCAGUGAUCAACAGAAUCACGCUGCUGCCCAUCAGUGGACAGAGCUGCUUCAGCGACAUCGCUUCCUGUUAAGCCUAAGCAGAGCAGUGUAGUGGCUUAAUGCAUUUCAAAGUGGUGAAAAACAGACACUUAAGGAGAUAAAAACUCAUAUAAAGAUGAAGGAUUGUAAUUGAAUCAGUUCAAGUGUUACAAUAGAAACUACGAUUUUCCAUCACUGACGAUGUUACUGCAAAGAAAGUGUCACUUAGUAGUCCACAUUAGGAUGAAGCCUUUCCAGAUAUGUGCAAAGUGCUCAAAUGCGCCAAGCUAGUGCUAAAAUAAUUCUAGCACUAAAGGUUUUUAACCAGGCACCAAUCAAACUUGCUGUACCACGUUUGAUGGUGUUAAACUGGCGCAAACACUGUGAAAGUCAGCUAAGCUAAGUUAGCUGGUUAGCUUGAGUUCUCCACCCUCUUGACUCACAGUGUUGGGAUACACUGUGCUCUAAAGUAUAGCGUUUACCUGAAGUAUGCUAAAUAAAAACUCCCUUGCGCUUGGGUUUAAUAAGACUCCGCAAGCAUUUCACGGCUUUCUAAGUUUUGAGACCUGCUGUUAGGAUGAGGGAGCUUGUCCGUUUCUAAUUUGCGUUGCGUGCAGCGAGAACACUUAAGGUGCUGAGUUGGCCGUAAUACCUUAACCUCAAUUCCUCAUUCCCAAACGUUGUUCGACUUCACACACCAUCAAGCUCUUUCAUGACCAUGAGAGGUGAGAUUUAGGCUUUGUGUGGGCAAUAUCUGUAGCUGAGUCCUUAGCCAGUAGAUUUCAGUCUCAGCCUGUUCCAUUACUUUGUGUUUUUUCCUGUGUAUGCAUAUGUAUCUUUCUGCCUUGAUUAUGAAGAAAUAUAUCUAUUUUUUGUAAUUGUUCUUCUCGGAUGUGCCAUAAAUCAUGUUUUCUUGCACACUGUUAAUAUUUUGUGGAUAUUGCUGUUUAAAAAUGAUGACAUUGGAAAAAGUAGAUGAAAUAAAAUAAAGACAAAAUGUUGCUCUGCA